AUGUUAAGUCAACUUGGACUUGCACAGUUUUAUCGUAAGCCAGGCAGUAUUAAAACGCCAAUUUUAUUUGAACCUAAACUAGGUCAUAUAUAUGAUUUUAAUGUAAAUAAUCAUGGCUUUGUUGGUCUUUUUGCGCGCGCUUCUCCUCUUCAAUCAUGGGGACCAACAAUUGUUGAAGAAUGGUUACCGUCUGCUGAUAAAGUACUGUAUUUAGAACAUGUCCAUGUUUUAUUUACGCAUUGGUAUAUUAAAUUUAAUCCUGGUCAUACCAUUUGGGAAGACAUAGCAUCUACUUAUUUUGCUAUGGUUAGGUUAAAUGAAUAUGAUAGAAAUGCUGUUCUUAUUGAAUAUAGACAUUUUCGAAAGAAAGAAGACGAAGUUUAUCAAAUGUUUCAAAACAUAAUUCCUGCUUUUGCUGCAAAAGUCGAUAGUCUCGAUAAUUAUAUGAAUAAUUUUUCUUCUCCUCUUGUAUGUUUUCGAACUAUUGUAGCUGGUGGUGCUACAACGAUGUUUUCUAUUAGCAAUGAAGCAUAUACAAAUGGAAAAGAAAGAAUUCUCUAUGACUAUCGUACUGCUAUCCUACGAUAUCAUGGUGUCAAUGUAUCUCAUUUGCCGUCACGUCAUCGUAUUGUACUAGUUAAUAAAACUCACACAACACAUCGUAGCUUACGUGUAAUUAAAAACCUUGUCGAAGUUAAACACUUUAUAUAUUCGACAUAUCCAAAGAUACAACUUGAUGUUAUUGACUGGAAUAAAUAUACAUUUACUCAAGAAAUGCAUGAAUUAUACAAGACAACUAUAUUAAUCACACCAUGUGGUGGUAUCUCAACAAUAAUACCAUUUUUACCUAAAGGAGCGCAUGCAAUCGUAAUGGAUUUCUAUGUCAGUAAAGAAGCAUAUCGGGAGUCUGACAGAUAUAGAGUAGGAGAAUCAGCUUCGAUGGAUGGGGGCUUUUGA